AUCACAAAUUGCAAGGUCCAUAAAUUUUUCUCAGCCAUAUUUCACACAUGGAUAUGGUAAUUUGCAACAAGUGCUUCGUCUCGAUUUAUAAAGGAAAACCGCCUUAUAACAUUACACAAUGUGGUCACAUUUAUUGUCAGGAUUGCCUACAACAUGUGAAAAAACAGUGUUUUCAAUGUAAAUAUAUUAAUCCCGCAUAUUUACUAUUAGAAAAGCCACUGAUGCCUAAGAAGAUCUCGGUUUUGACGCCUUUCAACGAGAUUUUGGAAAUAUUAUUAAACAUGGAAAUAUCUCAGAGCAAUCAGUUGACAAUAACAAUGGAGCGCUUUCGUAUUCUUGACAACAAAUAUGAGAUGUCGAAAAGGUAUUAUAUUCUAUUGCGACGCAAUAUGAAAAUAUUGCUAGACAAGUAUAUGUAUUUAAAAACUGAAAAAAAGAAGCUGGAUGAGGAGCUGCUGCAAAUGAUGCAGUCCACUCCGAAAUCUACAUCAAAUACGAUGAACUCCCAGCCUUCUGCUUCUACGAUUUCACUAAACACACGAUAUUCCUCAGGAUCGUUGAGUCAUCUGAAAUUUUCUAAUUUGAAUUUGUCUGAUGCGACAGAUAUAUCUAUGCGAUCCGUUAAUCGAAGAAAUCGGUAUAAAAUCGAUGAUAGUUUUUGCAUAUCUGAAAAUAAUAGACUUCCAAAAACGACCAAUCUCCUUUUUCACAUUUAAAACAAUU